UUUUUAGAUGUACUCUUCACAAAGAAUCACCAGUCAAGACCAUUUACCUGCAUAAGUAGUUGAGGCACUCCACAAGAUUAAUUCAGUCAGAUGCAGCAAACUGUGGCUUGUGUGAGGGUCUGAAUAACCCUAUUUCCUGGUACAAAGCACAAUUUAAGCUGGAAACAAGGAUCAUACAAGAUUUUGGAUAGUCGAUCCCUAAAGGAACGUGUUGUCCACAAAGUAUUGUUCAAAAGAACAAACAUUUACAGAAUGUGUUUUCAAACGGAGAUUUUUCAUGUUUUAUUUAAAGCAUUUAGCAGUGUGAUGACAGAAUGCAAAAAAAAAAAAUUGGGUCUUCACUUCAAAGGGAAGAGUUUGGGCAUUAGUCUGAAGAGAAGGACUAUGAUGGGAGAUAAACGGAGCUUGAGAUAACCAAAUCGGGUACUGAUGAAGGAACAGAAAUUGGAAAGUGUGAUUCACUUGGCAAAGAAAUACUCUUUUCUUCUCAUAGAUAUAAGUUUGUUCAUCACUGCUUUGGAAAUGAAACUGUAAGCACAAACAUGGGAUGGACGGAGCAUGUGGCUGCAAUGGUAAGCGUACUGCAGAGCCCGGAGAUGGUCUUGUUACAAAGCAGAAAAGGAAUUAGAAGAUGCAAGCAUACCUGGUGAACAAGUGCACAGUGCUGGAGAAGAAAAUUUGGACCUCAGAAUAAAAGAGCUGGAAAAGUCAGAGCAAAAACUGAGAGAUGUUUUAGAGGACUACGUGAAGUCAGAUUCUGUCCUAAGAAAUAGCUUUUCAUUCUCGCUCACAGGAUGAAAGAGCUGGAGCUAUCACACAAAGCACUUCUUGCGAUGAUUGAUCAACUAAAUGUGAAGUUGCACCAGGUUGAAUAUGCAAAUGUGCGCGUUAAAGGGAAAAUAAAACACAUUCAGGAGGACCUGAUCAACUUGGUUGAAACCCAAGAAAAGUCAGAGAAGAAGCAAAAGGAAAAAUUACGUUGGCUUCAGGAGCAGCUGAAGGCAAAAGAAGAUGAAAUAAAAAGCCAGUCAGAGUAUUUUGAACACUACAAACAAAGGCAGAGACAACAAACAGCAGUGCUGAGAGAAAGGGAAAGUUGCCUUCAGGAUGAGGUAUCUAGGCUGGAAAAGCAAGUCCAAGAUCUUAGUGCCCAUGUUGCUCAUUUGCUAUCCAAGCUAGAAGAGGGAAUGGUGCAGUAUCUCCAGCAGAAGCUAGAAUCAGCAUUCAGUGGUACUCAGGGCUAUAAACACUCUGAUGUGGAAAUAAUGGAAUUGAAAACUUGUAUUGAAAAUGUGGAUCAUGACUUGAAAAGCCACCUCGAAGCAUUGCAGCAAAAUCUGGAUUUCUUAAGGGAAAAAGAAGGCAACAGAAGAGAACAGGCAGACCUGCUGAGGGAACUCCGGUGCUCUCAGGAUACUGAAGACUCUCUCAGAAGAAAACUGGAAGAAUCUUGCCAUCACGUGUAUAGUCUGAAAUUAUCAGAAAUCAAACUGCAGGAAAAGGUGGAAGAACUUUUGGAUGAAAAUAGGACUUUAAAAGACCAAGGUAUCAUGAAGUUGAAAAAGAAAGAAAAGGACUUGCAACUUACAAGGUUGGAGAAUAGAGACAGCAGUGUUGACCUGAACGGAGAUCUAAUCCAGGAUGACAUCCAAACUCUGAAAUGGGGAGCAGGUUUGGAUUCACUCAGCAGAUCUACUCAAACUCCAGUUGUGCUGCUACAUGCUGAAGAGUCUGAAACACCAGGAUGCAGCUAUGACGGGUUAAAACAGAUGGAGAAGCUACCGGAAGAACUUCUACCAGUUUUAGAACACAAUUCCAGUGCCUUUGCGAAAACUGCUGCUCUAGCUGUGGUUGAGCAGGUCACCCUUGGAACAAAGAGGGCACGUACUCUAGAAAAUAGUUUCACUUUGUACAGAUGUAUUCCAAGUGCAGCAAGACUGCUUCCCCCUCGCUCUGAGAACUUGACUGGUGAUGAGACAAGUAAGGAAACAAAAGGUGAAGAAAAUUUUUCUCUGUUGAAGGAACAAGCUAUAAACCUAUCAGCAGAUACAUUUCCUGUUUCUGUGGUUGAAGCUUUGAUGAAGAAGAAGCUCCAGCUUAUUUUGUUAGAACCUGAAAGCUACCACAUAUCGGCUGUCACCACUGUGAAGAGAGUGAGGAGUUUGGAUUUCUGUGAGGCAAAUACCAGUCUUUGCUCUGAUGGCUUCUGCCUUGUUGCAGAAGGAGGAUUUUCUGACAAAGUUUUUGCAUUUAUUCAUGGAAAGAUGCCUUGCACUUUGAGUGAAAUCUUCACAUCAUCUUUAGAAAAAUACAAUGUGGAAAAACAUUGGGAAAAUAAGCAAAUUCUGUCAAAAAACAUAGGUGAAACUGAAUGUCUGGAUAAAGAUGCUGAUGAUGAAAAUCAUCACCAAAAAAUCUUCAGAGGGAGAGUUAAAGGAGAAGAAAUAGAGAAUGAGGAAGCCCAACCACAACAGGUGACCUGUGUUCCUGAGGAAAGUUCUAAAGUCUUACUUAAAACUGAAUUGAUCAGGUCUAGGAAGCAAGGAAUAGAAACCAAAGACAACCUAAGUGGCUCACAGGGUAUACAAAAUUUGUCUGUUGCUUUUAAAGACUUAAAGAAGCAUUUUGAAGCAAGCCCUAAACUAAUGGAGGAACAAGGAAAUCUCUCAGAAACCUGUGUUUCUGAUGUGAAUAGGGUAUAUAAUGGAGAAGACAUAAUCAAAAUGGAGGAGAAAGCAGAGCAACGUCAGAAACCAACUCGCCAAACAAACCCUUCCAGCAAUAUUGGCCUGAAAGAAAAAAAAGACCAGACCCUGAAACUAUGUAAACCAAACAAGAAGAAUUUCUCAUGUCAAAAAAUAGCGGCUGAAAACAUGCAGUUUGCACACUCUCAGAAAUAUUUUUGGUCAGAGGAAGAGAGGUACCUGCUAAACACGUUCUCUCCUCUGCAGGAGAGGGCUGUGUGCUUAAACAAGCUGUCCCUGACAGAGAGCAAUUUUUAUGAGUGUUUCUGUCACCUGUCACCACUGGAGGCUGGUAGUGAAUGUAACAUGAAAAUAUGUGCACUGGAGAAGGUGGUGGCUGUGUGUUCUCAGAGGAUAUUUCUACUGAUGCAAGAGAAUGAAAAUUACUCAAAAAAGGUCUGUGUAUUACAAGAGGAGAAUGAGAGAUAUGCUCAGAUGAUGCGUGCACUGGAGGAGGAGAUGGAUGCAUAUUUUCAGUGCAUGUUAGCCAUAGAUGAAGCUAACAUUGUUUCAUUCCAAAAUUUGCUUAAUGAAAAAGAAGUUGCUGGUGGAUGUUAUAACUUAUCAGAAGAAAACACUGUAAGCUCAGGAGCAUUUUUUGUUGAAACCUUCUCUAAGAAUCUUUCAUGUGUUGAAAAGAAGAAUAAGAAUUCUGAAAAAGACUCAAAUAAACUUCCCAGGAGUGUUUUAUCCAUGGAUGGAAGGAAAAUGAGAUAUUUCCAGAUGCUCUCUGAUCUGAAAGAAGAAAGAAGCAGAUGCUUCAAAGAAAUAGGUAAAUUAUUACAAGACAAGGAGAACUAUAUAGCAAAAUAUAAUGAAUUAAUCCAAGAGGAAGAGGGUUAUUUACAAAGAAUAUCUCUUUUAGAAAGUGAAAAAGAAACUUUACUGGGAUGUUUGGCAGAGGUGAAGUGUGAACGAGACAAAUACAGGACCCUGGUUUCAGAACUUCAAGAGUGCAAAAGCAGCUGCUAUCAAACUAUUUCUGAUCUACGGGAGGACAACUGUGUACUGAAAAGAGAAAUAGACAGAAUCAGGAAAGAAACUUCAGAACAGCUUGAUGAAAUUCAGAAAGCAAAUGCAAACUUUAUUUUAGAAAAUAAGAAAUUGAAAGAAUUAAUGUCACAUUUGGGUUUCACCUAUGAAGAGCUGAGAAAAGAUAAAAGCUUGGGAACAAACGAAAAGAUAAUAAGACUAGGAGAAAAAAGUCAACAAUGUGAUCUUAAGCCAAAGAAAGUUGAAACAGCAUGCAGUGUAACUCAGACUGAAGAAGGAGGAGUUAUGGUUGUAGACCCAUCAAUCUAUUAUCCCAGAAAAGAGGGCAGCAUGUUUGAAAGCUACAAUGUGAUGAAAGAGCAAGUUGAAAAGGCAAAAGAGGAUCUAAAAAUACAGCGAAAGGAAUUAGAAAAAUCAAAAAAAGAGGCUCAAAGGUGGUACAGAGAACUUGGCUUUGCUGAAACAAGAUACGAAGAGGUCAGAACUCGUUUGACACGGACUCUCUCAGAAUUAGACCAUCUUAAACAAGAAUCUGGGAACAAAAUGCUUGGUAAACAGCACUGCAAGUUAAUGUCUGUGUACACUGUGAAAGAUGCCCAGGAAAUAGAGGAGAAUAAAAUAGCCAACAAGAGAUUACAGCAGCAAGUUCUGACCUUGAAAGCCCAGCUCAGGGACCAGGCUACAUUAGAAAAUCAGUGUCAUGACUUGCAGAAUGAAGUGGAACUCCUUCAGGCUCAGCUAUGUCAAAAGGAAAAAGAACUUCAGAAGAGAAAAUCUGAAAUGAAGUUGACACUAGCUCCUCUGAAGGCUAAGCUGGCUUGCCUCACCCGAAAGUGCCUGGAAAGGAACAGCUUCAUCACAAGGAUGAAUGGUGAAUUUCACAGGCAAGGAAUUAUUAACCCUGCCUUUGAUGAAGAGGUGAAAAACUUGGUGAAUGACGUGGCCCUGGAGGAGUACACAGUUGCUUUUACAUCAGUUUAUGACCAAGAGAUGCUGCCUUCUUCCACAGAUAAGUCACAGGCCCAUGGACAGCCAGAGGAUCACGAGACAUAUGUCAAAGUGAAUGGGAUGACACGAUCAAUACCUGCAAACUCUCAGCAAGAGGUGGAUAGCAUCCACAGCUCUCAUUUCACUUCAGAUGUGUAUGCUGGUUCUGUAAAGUUAACAAGCCCAGAGAGGAUCAUAGCCUUGCAUCGAGAGCUAAGACAAAACCAUCGCAAAAACUGCCAGAUACCUUCAGCUGUCUCCUCCAGCUCAUAUCUGAAGGCUGACUGCAACCUGCCCAUGAUCCACAAGGAAACCCCUCUUCUGUCAAGGAUGAAGGAUGCACUGGUGCCGCCACAGCAUAGUGCCUUCUGGGCCAUGAAGGGGAGGGAUCAGUUGUCGAAAUGUGAUGAUGUAUUUUGCUGUCAAAUAGGAAAUCAGCAUGCAGGUGCGAUUCCCGCGGGAAUGAAACAGAAAAAUGCCAUUCUGAAUAAGGCAUGGCUCUCUAGAGAAAAAACAGACGGCUCAACCUCAGCUACCACAGCAAAAACCUGUUUGUUAGACGUGUUAUCAGCAAGUAAUAAAGGUCAAAAUCCUGUAGGGAGCAAUCAGCUGCAUGGGAAAGAAUAAAACCUGCAGAAAUAAAGCAAGGUAAAGCAUCUUAGCUAUGUGAUUUUCCCAUUGCUACAAAAGUAUUAAUAAUUUUAAAAAACAAAGACAUUUUACGAGUUAACAUGGCCCAGCAACUAGUUUGAGAUGACUGAAAAUUGACAUGAAAAAGGGCUAUAAUACUUUUUAUAAUCCAAAUUUCUUAGAACACUUGAGGUCACUGAAACCUAUGAAUUUUUCAGUAGCUGGGCUGCCUCCCCAUUUUCUUUUUACCGCAUGUUUAAGAUAUGCUUUUCUUUUAACUGAGACUGUAAAACCAACCAUUAAAUCACUUUUAUGUAUAACUCAUUUCUUCAGUGUGCAGUGGCAAGUUCUGAAAGAACAUCUGCCUUUUGUAUUUCCUUUGGAACUUAAGGAAAUGUGGUGUCACGGACUUCCUAGAAAGCUAUUUUACCAAAACUGGGGGGUAGUUUUGCAGUUAGUGUUUAUUUAUUGUCCUGGGAUAUAUAUUUUUUAUUAUUAUUAUUUUCUUUGUAUUUUUAAUCAAUAAAAUGGUCCUACUGACAUACAGCAGGAUACUCAAUGUAUUACUGUAGGUUGUAAAAUAACAUCCUAAGUAACAAACUGCAGCCUAAAUUGAUUAGGUUUACUGGACAUGUUCCUGGCCACUUUCUUUAAGUGACGACUUGGGCAUCGUGGGUACAGUAACACCUGAGUUCAAGGCAUGGGUGAUUCAGACUGCACCCUGUGCUGCCAAACCCUUACACCUACAAUAGGAAGAAGCGGAUGCAGUGCCAGGCCACCUGCGCUAGCACAUCUGUGACAGUGCUUCCUCAUAGCCUGGCUUAGAAAUAGCUGUGGUUGGGACUGCAUGAACCUUUGAUAGAUCCAUGUUAUGGGAGGGAUGAGGGAAGAGUGUGUCUGUGCAGGUGCGUAUGUGCCCUAAUGCUGGUUAACCCUGGGAAGUUUAACUCAGCAUUGCUGUAAAUUCCCCAAAACACUGAUUUAUAUUGGGAUCCCACCAGAGUUAAUACUUUUGCAAAACAGCCAUUAUUCACAUCUCACAGCUGUCUUUAUGUUUAAUCACUUUUAUUAGAAAAGGACAUUUUUAACACACAGUAAUAUGUGGUGUUGUUCCUAUGCUUUCCCUCUGUCUCCAUUGAUUACUCUGGUUGGUUCAUAGUAUGUUACUACUUUGAUGUUGCUUUUUGGAAGCUAGAAACAAAACGACUGGUUUUGAAGAAAUACUAAUGCACACACUCACACUUUAUUGCAGGAAACUCAUUUGCUCAGUAAGGUAGCAGGGUAAUUGCUUACAGCAGUAACUGAAUUGGUCUUCAUCCAAUAUAUCUUUAGAAAAUACACACCAGAUGCCAAGGGAAAUAGCCCCUGAAAGUGAUGUUUUGGAACACUCUCUAAGCAGAGAAGACUCCAGUGAGGUUCCAAAAUCUGGGCUUCUGCUUUCAUGUGUCUUUCUCUUCUUCUUAAUACAUGGGCAGCACUUCUGAAGACAGAUAUACCUCAUACCCAGUCAUCAGCUGCCUUCUCAAAUCAUAAGAUAAUUUGAUGUGCAAAACCACUUGUAAAUAUUUAACAUGGUAAAACUUCAAUAUUGAUAAAAUGCUUUAAGAAUUAGUACUUGUGAGAAUGUUUUUUGAGCUUUAUCUUGAUGACAGUAAAAUGCAGAGCCUGGUAGUUCAGGCUUUGGGUCAGAUCAUAAUGCAUGAAGUGUGCUAAUAGUGAGACUAUUAAUAAUAAUAUCCUGCGAUAAGAUAAUAAGUCUUUGUUAUCCUAGUGCAGCUAUCUCCUUUGUGAUUGGGACCAUAGUAACUUACCAUGAAAUUAAGCCUUUCUUGGUCCUUUCCCUUUUCAAAGAAAAACAAGUGUGGUUUACUUUAAACUAUUAGGCUUCAUUUUAAGCUAAUUAGGUUAUUUGGCCCCAUUCUUCCUCCUGCUAGAAUUAACAGUUUCCUGAACAAGGGCUGCAGAUACACACAGGUGUAAAUAGGGGAACAAAUACAGACGUAUUACCUGCACUGAAGCACUGUAAUGCAGAAUGGACUCAAAGAAUUAAUUCCUCAAGCAAAUGGAUGUUGUGCUGGCAUUUUGUAACUUUGCUUCAGAAGUCACAAUUUCAGUUAAAACCCUGUAGCCCCUUGUGUUUUUGAUGUUUUAAGACAUUCAUUCUUACUACUACAAAGCAUCUUUUAAGUAUGUGCAGAUACCACAGUUUUUUGGCCAGAUGUUUCUGUUCCUUUUCAUUUCUACUAAGGAAAAUUGUGAGGUUUUAGACACUAAAGUGGAGGAACGCUAAUAGAUUAACAGAAAUCCAUUUGGAGUAGGUCAGCUUUUUCAAGCCUCUGUCCUGCUCCAUUUAUUUCCACUACUGAACAAGCAAAUGAAAAGUGAUAGUCAGAUUAUGUCAAAUAAUUAUGUGCUAAUUGAUGUACAAAAAGAUUAGAUGGUACACUGCACCAUCAAACAAGGUCCUUCAAGUUCUUUAAAUACAGUCAUUUACAGAAACCAGCUAGGAGAUGUACAGUGACAGGCCAGAUGGUUCAUAUAUUGGUGUCGUGACAACUGAGGUCCUUUGGGAGUCUGAGCUUGCUGAGUGACUCAUACAGAAUAAUUAAUACAGCCCCUUGUUCUGUAAUGAUUUGGGGGAUUUUAAAAUUGAGGGUGAUCAGUAGCAAUGUGCUUACAGACCACAUCUGAAGAGUUGACUAGUGUUGAAUCACCUGUGAUCUGCUGUUUGUCAUCCAUGCACCCGCAUGAGUCAAAUGGCACUAUCUGUACUUGAAUGGGUGACCAGGCCACUUGGAAAGAAGCUGGAUGACGGUGUGCUUCAUGCUGACAGAUGCUCACUGUGCCAGCUUCCCAUUCAGACCCUUUCACUUACAGAGAACUUGCUUGAAACAGCACAGAAAAAUAUUGGCUAGGACCAAUAGCUCGCAUCAAAUGAGCGUUUAUUAACAUAUUUAGGCAAUAUUUGCCCAGUUCUUUUUUUCAACACUUGAACUCCCCAGUACCAAAGCAAAAAUAUCUCAUUUUAACAGCGAAGCUGCCUUUUUUCUCUGCAGUUUUAACAGAAUUGUUUCUUAGGUAUAGCAUGUAAAUGAGGUAAGUAGAAGUAGUAACCUGCAAGGUGCAUAGUGCUUUUUAAAGCACUAUCUAUCUUGUGAAAGAUAGAUAAAAUUUAAAAGGAAACUCAUGGUGUACUUGAGGCUACAAAUGCACUGUAAUAUAAUUUGGGGGAGGAACUGAAAUCUGACAAUCAAAACCUCAGUGUCUUUAAAGUAAAUGAUGCCAAUGUCCACUCCAGUUUCUUCUAGAGAUUAGACAUUUGUAGAAAGCGCAGAGGGUUUGCUCUGGAAGCCUGUCGCUUCCCAUCUAUUGCUCAUCGUGUGCUACAAAAAGCUUUUACAUGCAAAGGAGAUUUGGGGAUCAGAUCUGAUGCUCAGCCCAUGGUAACUCAUUUCCAUUCUCAGGACUGAUAUUUGCAUGAGUCAGAACAAAACCAA